CCUUCACUCUUUCACGAAGCGACUGUACCUGGUCAUCGACAACCGCAGACGCGCACUUGCCUUUCCCACACUCCUUUCGACUCUUGAUAUUAGCAUUGCUGGGAAUGAGAGGAAUAUACGGCGACGGCUACUGGGCUUUGUCGCGCUCUUAGUUUGAUUGCGUCGCGCGCGUGAACAAGCGUCACCACGCAUCCACCACACUUGACGAACCAAAGCUCGACCACCUUGCGCUGCGCAAUCAACCACAAGCAUGAGUGCGCAAACGAUGCAGCAAUUAGAGUCAGCCCGGGCGCUCACGCUGGGCGACGGUAGUUACUAUCCUUCCAUCAUUCCAGGAGUGCUGCCCAUCAUCGGCUUCAGUGCAGACCAGGAUGUUGAGAUACAGCGGUGGGGUGCCGAUUUCCUGGCUGAGGCCUUUGCUUCGCCAGCGUGGCCUUUAGAAUUAAAGGGAGGCAUCGCGCCAUCGGUGCUGGCUACGCUGAAGGAUUACCUGGAGAAUGUCACGGACAAGAGCGUCAUCAAGAGCGCUGUUCAGGCGGCUGCGAGCGUCUACCCGCUCGUGUACAGACACACUAUCUCGAACCCCAACGACUCCCACAACUGGCAGCUUAUGACUGCCAUCAAAUCGAGCAUCCUACGACGAAUGGACUCGGCCGCGCCAGGCGUGCGAAUAUGCUGUGUCAAGUUCCUCCAGCAAGUAGUCCUGGUUCAGUCGCCAGGUGUAGUAGAUCCUAGGCGACCUAAUCCAAACGAUAUCUCUCUCGCCCUCGUACCUCGCGAUCACCCUCUCAUACCAUAUGUGGCUCUUGAGGCGGAAGGACAUGGACUACUCGAUCGGUUAUUGGAUAUAAUACAUGGAGAUCACAGUGAUGGACUGCUUGUCACAGCAACGCUCAACAGUUUGGGUAUGCUGAUUCAUCGUCGGCCUAUCAUCGCGAACAAGAUACUGGGCAGUGUCCUCAACUUCAACCCUUUGAAGCUUGCAAGCCCACCCAUGACACUGAAGAGCAAGGUUCUUAUCAAGUCGAUAGAACGUACAGUUCGAGCACUACUCAUGAACAUCAUGAAGAGGAAUCCAGAAAACCCAGUCAAUGGGCGAAUACAGCAAUUCUUGGAGCGCAUGCACCGCGCACGUGUCGAAGCCUUUGACGUAUCUAAUCGCAAGCGAUCGGCGCCCACUGAGCCAACUGACGGUCUUGACCAAGCCAAGAGGCAGCGACUGGCUGCUACUCUUGUCAGUCGCCCACCUCCUGUGCCAUCGCUUCCACCAGGCCCGGUCAGCUUGCGUCAAUUGUUCACCUUGAAUCCUGAGGGUAGCACUGUGAACUUCGAUGUACAGGCAUUCAAAGAUCCUGAACAGCUGUUGAGGAUUAUUGUGCCUAUUUUACAAUCUGUUGAUGCGACAAAGCUCAACGAUGCCUUGAAUAUUGUUCGUUCUCGCUAUCUUAGUCUCAGUCAAGCCGCAGCAAAAUCUGCUGCCGCACAACCAGCACCAGUACCGGUUCCAGUACUGGUUCCAGCACCAGUUCCUGCCCCGGAAGACGAAGAGGAGUACGAGCCCGACUUUGAACCUGAAGAUGCCGAGCAGAUUGUCAACAAGCUCGAUGGCCUCUCAGCGCCUGGGCUUCUUCCCCAGCCGGGUCCAUCUGCAGCAUUGGCGCCGUAUAAGCUUCCCGAAGCACCUCCGUUAUCGGAUCAGGAAGUCCAGAAAUUCGGUGAUAUGACAGUUUACCGAGCUUUCGGCAUGUUAAGCAGUGCCGACGAGAACCAGAAGAACAGGAUCACAAAGGGGGGCUUCAAUCGACUCGCCGCGAGUGAUUAUAGCAGAGAUGCUUGGGUCACCAUUCUGUCAAGGCUAGCUACUCGGGCUAGUGCCGGUCUCGACGAUCCUGAGGAAGGUAUCAAGGACGAGUACGCUGUCAAGGGCGGCGCUAAGGGGAAUUCGUCGAUCAGCGAUUCAGUAAGAGACGGUCUUUACCAGUACAUCAUGUACGACUGGAAGAAGCGGAUCGAUGUUGCGAUAUCUUGGCUGAACGAGGAAUGGUACAACGAUAUCAUUCUUGCCCAAUCUGCCAAGAAUCCAGCAAGAAACGGCACCGCAAACGGACACACACCAUCCAGUGACUCACCAAAAGGGAACUAUAACCGCUGCGCAUUGCGCCUCAUCGACGGCAUACUCCCCUACAUCGAGCACACUGACAAGAUCCUGAUUCGUUUCCUGUCAGAGGUCCCGGCCUUGAAUUACGACAUGCUUGUCCGCCUCAAGAAGAUGGCUGAAGAUCCUGAGCGUAUCGACCUCGCAUGCAGUUCGCUGCACUACCUUUAUAUGUUCCGCCCGCCGAGCAGGAGCUUCGUCGUAGACGUUUUGACAGCGUUGUGGAGAGAAAACGAUGGCGCCAAGGCGAGCGCUCGGAAGCUGCUCUUGAGGUGGAAACCGGAAGUUCUCGGUGAAGAAGAACAGGCUACCACGCCUGCGUUGAAGAUGGAGGUGGACAGUCAACUCGUAAAGGAGAGUGCGAAUGGCGCAUUGGAAGUUAAAGCUGCCUCGUAGUUUGGAAAAAAAGAAAAGAAUGAGAUGGGGAAGAGAUGAUUUGGCCAUUAUUUUCUACACAUGUAUACCUAACGAGUUUGCUUCUAUGUGCGGUGAAGAUAUAACGGUGCUUGAGCCCGUGGAUGGGCGGAGUAUGUGUAUAUCUAUUUAUUGGGGCUUCGGCUGUCUUGCAUGCGAGCUGUUAUGGAAGACGGGCUACUAGCAGCUCUUCUUCAGUUAAUGAGAAUGACG